CUGCAGGAAUGUUACAACUCGAAACCUUUCUUUGUAUUGAAGAAACGUCAUACUAAAAUACCAACUGUAAUAAAAAAAAUAAGAACUACCAACAGAAAAGAUGGGGGAGUAAAACAGAUUGCGCGUUUUUUCCUGUAUUAGUUUGCCCUUUAUUGUCCACUGAUGCAGGAAUGUGAAGGAUGCUCUGCGUCCACCUGAUACUGCUCUGCGCCCGGGGGAGGGUCUCUCCAGUCUCCGCUCUGCCAUAACUCGGCCCAGCUCUGGCAGGCGGACACGCAUCCUUUGAGAGAUGUACUGGAAACAUGAUCACUAAGGGAGCCUAAACGCAUUCCUCGGCUCCGGUCAGACGAUUCGACAUCUUCAUGUGCGCAGCGCUAUUCUCCAAAGACCAGACGAGCGAGGAGAGGAGAGGAAAAGAGAGGAGACGGGGCGUCGGGUACAACAACAAGCGGGAGCCGACAUCAUCAGCCGCUGCAGCGUGAGCGACGAGGUCAUCUUAAAGCUACGGUUUCCAAGAGGUCACUUGUUGAUCCGAAGCCCCAAGAACUCUGAGGAACGUUCCGGCACUGCCAUUAUCCUGACUCGUCUCUUCAUUCAUAUUUUUGGUAACUUCCAGGAUGUGAUGAAGACUUAGGGAAAGAAAACCUCCUCAGUAAAUCACAAAGACAACAGAACCACAUGAUUGCUAUGGAGUGACGGGUCACAGCAGCUUUGAGUGGAAAUUGACAAUGGUGUUGUUUCUGAUUGGAUCCUCCAUCACUGUCAACAAUUCAUCUCAUGACAACCAAACUGCAGAAAACCCCACCCACCACGGUGAUCACGUCCUGCCCUCGACGCUGAUCAUAUCCCUGCUUCUUAUCAUUGUUGUCCUGCUGACAAUCUACUGCCUGAGGUUUAAAAACCACAGGAAAGCCCUGGUCACAUCCGUGGAUAAGAAGAUUCCAAAUGGCUUCUUGGAGGAACAAGGAGAGCAGACAGUGGUCCUCCUCCCAAGAUCUCCCUCGCCGUCCAAGAGAUACUUCCCGAUCCCUCUGGACUCGCUGGAGGAGGAGUACCGGAUACGCUCCGCAGAUGACGGCAAACUCUUCAGAGAGGAGUUCAAUUCACUGCCAUGUUACUACCACCAUGGGUCCUUUGAGGAGGCGAGCAGAGAGCACAACCGAGAGAAAAACAGAUACCCAAACAUUUUACCAUAUGAUCAUUCCAGGGUGAUACUCAGUCAGCUCGAUGGACAUCUGUGCUCAGACUACAUCAAUGCCUCUUACAUAGAUGGAUAUAAAGAGAAGAACAAAUUCAUCGCAGCUCAAGGUCCCAAGCCCGAGACACUGGCUGAUUUCUGGCGAAUGAUUUGGGAGCAAAAAACCACAACGAUAGUGAUGCUGACAAAUUUGAAAGAAAGAAAGGAGGAGAAAUGUUGCCAGUACUGGCCGGAGAAAGGCUGCUGGAUGUACGGAAAUAUCCGCGUGGCGACUGAAGACGUCAUUGUGCUGGUGGACUACACCAUCAGAAAGUUCUGUGUUCAAUAUCAGGGCAGCGAUGGCGUUCGAGCUCCUCGGUUGGUCACCCAGCUCCACUUCACCAGCUGGCCAGACUUCGGGGUGCCGUUCACACCAAUCGGAAUGCUGAAAUUCCUGAAGAAGGUCAAGGCUGUCAAUCCGUCAUUUGCUGGGCCUAUUGUUGUCCACUGCAGCGCCGGAGUCGGGAGGACGGGGACGUUCAUUGUCAUUGACAGCAUGAUCGACAUGAUGCACAUGGAGCAGCGAGUGGACGUCUUCGGCUUUGUGAGCAGAAUACGAGAGCAGCGCUGUCAACUCAUCCAGACAGACAUGCAGUACUCCUUUAUCUACCAGGCUCUGUUGGAGUACUAUCUGUACGGAGACACUGAGCUAGAUGUAUGCUCUCUGGAGGGCCAUCUGCAAAGGCUUCACAACACCAGGGCCCCCCACGACAGGCUGGGCCUGGAGGAGGAAUUCAGGAAGCUGACCAACGUUCGCAUUAUGAAGGAGAACAUGAGAACCGGGAACCUUCCAGCCAACAUGAGGAAGAACCGUGUGCUUCAGAUCAUCCCGUAUGAUUUCAACCGAGUAAUACUCUCAGUGAAAAGAGGACAGGAGUUCACCGACUACAUCAAUGCCUCCUUUAUUGAUGGCUACAGGCAGAAGGACUAUUUUAUCGCAACCCAGGGCCCCCUGUCUCACACUGUGGAGGACUUCUGGAGGAUGGUGUGGGAGUGGAGGUGUCACUCAAUCGUUAUGCUCACCGAACUCAAAGAAAGAGAGCAGGAAAAGUGUUUCCAGUAUUGGCCAUCAGAGGGCAGUAUAACAUUUGGAGACUACACAGUGGAGCUGAAACUGGAAACACAGUGUGAAACCUUCACGCGCAGAGAUAUGGUUCUCUCCAACAAGCCAGAAAAACAGUUGCAACAUGUCCGACACUUCCACUUCCACGGAUGGCCCGAGAUUGGAAUACCAGGAGAGGGAAGGGGGAUGAUUGACAUUAUUGCUGCUGUGCAGAGGCAGCAGCAGCAGUCUGGAAACCGUCCCAUAGUUGUACACUGCAGCGCCGGCGCGGGACGGACUGGCACCUUUAUUGCACUCAGCAACAUUCUGGAAAGAGUAAAAGCCGAAGGCCUCCUAGAUGUAUUUCAGACAGUCAAGAGUUUACGGAUGCAAAGACCACACAUGGUUCAGACCGUGGAGCAAUAUGACUUCUGCUACAGAGUGGUCCAGGAUUUUAUCGACAUUUUCUCAGACUAUGCCAAUUUUAAAUAGGUCAUUUUGUACAUACAUCAGC